AUGGUCACUUGGUGGCUCUUUUUGAUAUGUCCAUGUCAUUUUUGCGCUAGCCAUCAGGCCGAUGCUUCCCUUCACAUGGAAGUGAGUGCUGCAGGUGAAGCUAUGCAGCACCUGGCGCAUUCCAAUAGAUUCCUUCGAAAAGAAGGAUCUCAUGGAAAUCUGGGUGGGAACUUAGUGCCUGCCUCGAUUGAUUCUCCGGCUUUAGGUAGUCCCAGCUUGCAGGCCAAAAUCCACCGAAAGAUUCAGGAAGCUGCCCUAGGCAAUGCUCCACUCACCGAACAGGCUACACAGGAGGCUGCGCAGCAGAUUGCCCAGGCCAAUAUGCCGGCAUUGGGCAGCUUGGGCUUGUCUUCAGGCAAGGAGACAUCCACAACAACGCCUACUGGGCCUACGGGCACAGAAGAAGUGGGUUCUGAGUCUGAUGAGGAGAGAGCCGGUACUGUUACAGGAGAGCCUGUAGAUGAAGAGGCGACAGCGGAGGCACCAGAAGAUGAUGGCGAGGUAUCCGCAACGGUAGAACCUGCGAGUGAUGAUUUCAUAUCAUCAUCGCAAGAAGCACAACGGAGCUCUAGUAUCCCAGAGGAAGAGAUGGACGCUAUCUCAACCACUGAGGCUGAAGAUGAAACCACUACUGAAUUGGACACAGAAGAGGUUGAAGCGAGCACAACGUUUGAAGAUGCUGAGGAAGAAGUCACAACGUCUCAAGACAUUGAAGAAGCAGCUGAUACUGAAUCAGCACCGGAGCAGGGAGAGGAGAAGCAAGACAGAAAGACAACAACAGCAAAGAAAAGGAGAAAGAAGAACGACAGCAGCAGAAAAGAAACUCGUCAAAACAAGCAACGGCAAAGUACGAAGACAGCCUCUACCACUACUGGAGCCCCAGAAGCCACUAGGACAAGCACAGGGCCAAAUGCUAAGACGACUUCUACCACUGCCACCGAGGCUGCAGGAUCUACAACAAAGCCAGUCGGGUCUGAGUCGACCACAAGGUCAAGCGGGCAAAUUACACACUCCUCUAGUUUCUCGAUGUCUUCCACAAGUAGCGAGCCACGCCAAGGAGAGUCUUCACAGUCUACAGCCAAACCAACUACACUUUCGACCACGGGCAUCACCUCGCUGAGUACGAGCUUGUCAGUCACUGAAGCCGGAGAUCAGACAACAGUUGUCAGCACAAGAACGGCCUCCGUUUCAACCACCUCAGGCACUUCAGGGGAAGAUGCUGAAACCACUGCCAAACAGGCCCAACCAGUGGUUUCAACCAGCCUCGAGAGCAAUAAUGGCAACACCACUUUGCCAGCAACAUCGUCAGUUAGCAGGCAGGCAGAUUCUUCAACAAGCACAUUUGCAAACACUGGAGCACCAACAUCUGCCACAGCAGCAUCAAGUGGAACUACUUCAGCAACAGAAACGACCAAGGCAACAAGCAGAACCAUCACUAAACCGACAAGUACAUCAACGACAACCUCAACAACUACGACUCUCACGACCACCACGUUCACAACCACGACAACAACGGCAACAACGACAACUACAUCAACCACAACAACGACUAUCACAACGACAUCGCCGCCUUCCACAACAACCGACCGUGUUCUUCCAGCCUGUGAAGGGCCAGCCUUGGUUUGUGAUCCUGCGGUGGCAGAUCCCUGCAAGUACCAGACCCCAUGCACCGGCUACCAGAUGUGCCAGCAGGGCGUCUUCAAACCAUGUAUUGACUUCACCGACGGAGACCAGAGUGGAUGUGAGCUCUCUCAGAACUUUAAAGCACGUGUAGAUAGGAUGUAUGUGAUGGGACGAAGCUACACCCGCUUCUGCUUGCAAGGCUGUUUGCCGGACUGCCGGAUACGUUGCCUCGACGUUAAGCACUUCAGUCAUAGCCCUCUCAACCAAGACCAGGUCGAUGCCUUCGCAGAAUAUGAUUAUCGAUCCAGAUCAGAUUAG